AUGAGACAAGCCAGCGCCGACCUACCUGUUGAUAUCCAAGCCCUGGUCAACCAGACCAUCGACAGUCUUCGUGAUCUCGUGCCAAACACGCCCACCCUUGUAUCUGAUGAGAUCCAAGAUGCGGUAUUCGAUGCUAUAGAUGCUGUGGAUAAAGACAUAAGGGCUCUUAAUCUUGCUAUACAUGACAACCCUGAGCUUGGAUUUAAAGAAUUCAAAGCCCACGAACACUUAGUGAAAGCUCUUGAGAAGCUUGGCUUCAAGUUGAGCAAUCCUAGUAGUCUCCCUACUGCAUUCGUCGCAACCUAUACCCACGGCGAAGGAGGUAGAGUGUUCGGCCUAAACUCUGAAUUUGACGCUUUACCCGAAGUCGGUCACGCUUGUGGACACAAUCUCAUCGCUGUUGUGGGAGUCGCUGCCGCCGUUGGACUAAAAGCAGCUUUGAAAGCAUGCAAUAUCUCAGGUACUGUCAAGCUCAUCGGUACCCCUGCUGAAGAAGGUGGAGGUGGAAAGGUUAUCUUGCUCAAUGAAGGUGUAUAUGACGAUCUCGAUGCCUGUGGUAUGGCUCAUCCUGGUGGAGGAUACGGUCCAACACCUUUCACCGGAUCAUGUCCCGUUGAUGGACCAGCUACUCUCGCUCGCUCCGGUUUUGAGAUCGAGUUCCAUGGUCGAGGGGCUCAUGCUGGAGCCGCACCGUGGAUGGGUAUCAAUGCACUAGAUGCUGCCGUGCAAGGCUAUACCGCGGUCUCAAUGUUAAGGCAACAGCUUGAACCUACCAUGAGGGUUCACGGUAUCAUUCUAGGAUCUGAGACGUGGGCACAAAACAUUAUACCAAAAUACGCCAAAGUGUCGUACAGUACGCGUGCGUUGGACGUGAAAGCAUGUUUAGAGUUGAGACGAAAGACUAUAGCAUGCUUCAAAUCUGCAGCAGAAGCAACCGGUUGCAAAUUCAAUAUAUCUGCUCCUGACCAAGAGGUAUAUGCGGAUGUACAAAACAAUUUACCAUUGUCCUUGUCGUACCAAGAUUUCAUGGAGAAGACAUUUGGUGAUAAGCUGGAGAUGACCGGGAUGACCACAGCCAGUACAGAUUACGGCAAUGUCACCUACAAAUGUCCAGCCUUUGCUCCAAACUUCAUGAUUCCCUCUCCUACCGGAUCAGGCAACCAUACAGCUGGCUUCGCCGAGUCAGCAGGUAAACCCGAAGCUCACAGAUUAGCUAUGAAAGUCGCUAAAGGGUUAGCCGUCAUUGGAGCCAAAUUCCUAAGUGACGAUGCGUUUGCCAAAGAGGUGAAAAAGGAGUUCAAAAAGUUUAAGCGGGGAGUUGGUGAGGUUGAAGAUAUCUUGAGCUGUAAAGAGUUUGCUGCGAUAUAA